AUGUCUACUUCCCCUUCGCCCGGCAACACCAUCUUCCCGGAUGGUCCACAGAUGCGACUGCCGUCGCUCUCCUUCCUCUACCGUUUGGAGUGUGACAUCGCCAGAGAAGAAAUCAACAUCGGCGCACCCCAUGAAGCUGGUGUCAUCCGCAGCAUCGCCAACAUCGUGCGCGGCAGCAUGAAAGGGCCCGGAAUAGAAGGCAGUGUCUUACCACUGGGAGGAGCAGACUGGGCGACGGUUAUCAAGGGGACUCAUUCUAUGAAGCUCGACGCACGUUAUACUGUUCGCACGUCGAAUAACCACCAUCUCUACAUUCGUGCCCACGGUCUCUAUCGCCCCGGCCCAGGAACAGAAUAUGCAAAGCAAGUCGAGGUUGACUCUAUGAUGGCGCCUCCAGCGACGGUCACACAAGACGACGUGGAGUUCUUCUCACAUUUGCGUGUGGAGGCUGGACCGGGACCGUACAAUUGGCUUAAUGGACUUGUUUGUGUGGGCGUGAUGACCUGCGCCGGCGAAAAGAUCUGGAUCGAUGCGUAUCGUCUUACCAAUUUCCCUGACAGCAAGCCGGAAAGUGUCACGGCAAAGGCAUAA